GACGAGUAGGGAGCACGUCAAGGAGCCGGGAGGUCGAGGGAGGAGGAGUGAGGCUCGGAGGGAUGGAGGGAGACGCGGUGAUUCACCUCCACGUGGGUGGGCGACCAGAGAGGGUGAUGUUCAACAGGGGCAGCUCUGCCGAUGACGUGAAGGAGCUGUUCCGUGCGGCCGCGGAGGCGAAGCCGGGAGACAUCGUGAAGCUGUACAACGCCAGCGGACACCUCGUCAACGUCUCCCCGGCGCUGGCAGCCAACAGCAGCGAGCAGCCGUACUCCCUCAUCGUGGUGGCCUCGCAGUGUCCCAAGCUGAUCCCCUCGCUGGGAUUUGACCUCCUGGACUUGGAGAAGAGAGUGGAAAGCCUGGAGAGGACGGUUGUGGCCGGCAUUGGGGACCGGCCUCCGGGCCUCCUCGACCUCCAGCGCGAGGUCGCGUCCUUUCGCAAGAAGCUCGAGACGGUGGAGCACCUGAGCUGGCUGGGCCUCUUCAAGGACCUGAACCAGGAGGCGGCAAAUCUCUCCCCCUUCUACCACCGGCGCCUGCUCAGGAAGACCAGCGCCGAGUGCUCCCGCGUCGAGGAGCGCUUCUUGCAAGUGUGCGACGUCGAGUUGACAGAGGAGGUCAGACGCUGCCUCAAGACGCCCACUUUUGACAACUGGCAGUGGGAGGAUGCCGAGAUGCUGCUGCUGCUGCUGCAGAUGUUCCUCGACCUGGAGCUGGUGUCCGCGUUCGGCGUGGAGCGGCGCGUGCUGCGCCGCCUGCUGCUGCGCGUCUACGCGCGCUACAACCACAUCCCCUUCCACAACUUCCAGCACUGCUUCUGCGUCUCGCAGAUGAUGUACGGACUCAUCUGCAUCACGGAUCUGCGGAGCAAGAUGGAGCACAUCGACCUGCUGGCCAUGCUCACCUCCUCCGUGUGCCACGACCUCGACCACCCAGGAUACAACAACGCCUACCAGAUCAACGCUCGCACCGAGCUCGCCCUGCGCUACAACGACAUCUCCCCGCUGGAGAACCACCACUGCGCCGUGGCCUUCGAACUGCUGGAGGAGCAUGAAAGCAACAUCUUCCGAAACUUGACCAAGGAGCAGUACAAGAGAGUCCGUGAGGGCAUGAUCAAGUGCAUCUUGGCGACAGACAUGGGGCGACACAACGACAUCCUCGCCUCCUUCAACGCCAUCUUGCCCACCUUUGACUUCCGCAACAGGGAGCACACGGACGUGCUCAUGAUGAUCAUGAUCAAGGUGAGCGACAUCUCCAAUGAGGCGAGGCCCAUGCAGGUGGCGGAGCCUUGGCUCGACUGCCUGCUGCAGGAAUUCUUCUCUCAGAGCGACGUGGAGAAGCUGGAGGGGCUGCCCGUGUCGCCCUUCAUGGAUCGCGACAAGGUGUCGCGCUCCUCCUCGCAAGUCAACUUCAUCCGCCACGUGCUGCUGCCGCUCUUCGUGGCGCUCGCCACUCUCUUCCCGGCCCUGCAGGAGCAGCUGGUGGAGCCGGUGAGCAAGGCGCUGGAGUAUUACUCCACAAUGGAGCAAGCGCUCCAGCAGCACGGAGGCACCGGCCGGCAGAGCGCGGCCGCGGGACACCAGGCAAGCGCCGGAGAAGCGCCGGUGAACCACGGGGGAAGCGAGGGGGAAUCACGGGACCACCACCUCCAGCCGCGCUGAGUGACUCGUUGAACCAGGCCGAACGGCGACAGGCAGCGCUGGUGCAAGCCGGAGGGUUGGCAAUGCCGGAUCGGUCCGAACCACUCGGAUCCCUGCUGCUCCCAACUCGCACCAGCAGCAGCCCUCCAUAGCCUGCUGGUGCAAACCCCCUGCUCGGAUCGUAGCUUCGUCGGGCAGGCGUCGCUCACACCCCUGGUAUCGUGCGUGCAAACGUUGUCUGUGGAAAUGUGUGGAUGUGCGAU